AUGUCUGAUCUAGUCUUCCGACACAGACCUGCAGAUCUCCUUGGGGACCCCUUCAUGGGCGCCGAUCUAGACCCAGUCAUGCCCACCUCUGGCGAUGCCGCCAAGGUCGAGGAUGCCGCCGAGGGCGAGGAUCCCCCCAUUCUCUACCCAGAGACCAACGAUGACCAACCUGUCGUCACCAACCCUCUGGCAAGAAAGCCUAUUCGACCCGAGGCCACGUGUGUUCGCACAGCCUUCCAUGUCAAUGUGGACUGGCGGUUGGGCGGAUCCUUGGCGACGGCUUCCAACAUAGUCGGCCAGAUUGGAAGAUCCAACUUCCUCACGAGCUCGCACUGCGAUUCGCUCCAGCAUCACUCUAUGUCGGUUCAGACUGUCGAGAGUGAGCUCACAGCCCCCGAAAAGGUGACUGCGAGCAAUCCCAGAAUCAAGUAUCCAUCGGCAAAGUUCCACGAUAAGUGGCCAGGGUCUGGUCUUCGUCAUGACGACCCCUAUUUUACCAACUACUGUGCUGGUCUGACUACGCUCUGCCUGAGAAAGGUUGAGCGCCAGUGUUUGGGCCAAAAUGCUCUCCGGGAACUUCUCAAACACACCGGAAAAGCAUUUCUCGUCGGCGAGGGCACCGGAGGCAUGAUGGCCUGGCUAGCCACCGACGUCGAGCCUGAUCUUGUAGCCGGAGUCAUCGCCAUUGAGCCCGUAGGCCCUCCUUUCGGCACAACGAACCGCACGGCAGCAAACGGCCACCGCAUCUUCACUCAGAACGUACGCCGGGUCGAGGGAGUUCGGAUCUACGGCCUGACUGACAUUCCCCUCACCUUUGAUCCCCCAGCCAACUUCCAUGGGGGCGUCUCGUCUCCUGAUCAAGAGCUGCCCCUUAACAUUGAAGAACGACUGAGACCCGACUUAAAAGGCAUUUGCUACCUGCAGCGCAAUCUCCACGAAGACGAAGUCAUCUUUAAUAAUGAGAGCGGUAAACACGAAAUGUCAGACCGCAUUCGAUAUCGCGAGCUCUACAACCUCAAAAAGGUUCCUCAAGCCGUCGUCACGGCUCACGCGAGCUCCCACGUCAUGUAUGACUGGAUGACCGUGUCAUUCAUGGUCCAGGCCGGAGUUUCCGUCCAGUGGAUCAAGCUGGACGAGCACCAGAUCUUUGGCAACGGACACCUCAUGUUCCUCGAGACCAACAGCGAUGACAUUGCCCGUCUGCUCACGGAAUGGAUCUACAACAUGACGCCCGAGGCCUUCCGUGGCAGUCUUCCGCGCCCCGUCGUGCCUCCUAGUUCUCGACAAGUCUAUCAUCCUCCCGAGGAGCCCGCCGAGCAGGCCACCGCUCACCUCCCGGGUGUUGACCUGAUGGACGGUGUGGAGCCCGCUCACCACAACGAUCAGUCAGUCGGUCUUCAAGAGGAUCACGCCGACUUGGUUCAGACUGAGCACGUUGAGUCUCGCCAUCACGAUGGUCAGUCGCCUGGUGUUCAAGCGGAUCUUGCCGACUUGGUUCAGUUUGAACAUGCAGAGACUCGUGUCGAUUCAGCCCAGGUUGAGCAGCUGGAUAUUCCCCACCACAACGAUCAGCCACCCGGUCCUCAAGAGGAUCAUGUCGGCCCAGCUCAGACUGAGCAUGAGGAGCUCCCUCACAAUGAUCAGUCGCCGGAUUCUGAAGAUGAUGUCGACCUAGUUCCGUUUGAGUAUCCAGAGACCCCUCAUAAUUCUGCUCACAACUCUUCCGACCAAUCGUACGAGCCCUCUUCAAGUUCUGGUCCCAGCGGAGACUCCUCGUGUUCUCGUCGCAGCAACCAGUUCUCGGACUCUCAUCAGGACAACCAACCCGCGGGCCCUCGUCAUGACAACGAUUCUCCUGACCCUCACCAAGACAACCGGUCUCCGGGCUCCCAAGGCAAUGGUGGCAAUCCAGGACAGUCUGAGCCUACAUCUGACAUCUCCUACAUCAACUCUUCCCCCUCUCAGAGUGAUGACGAGAUUGUGAUUUCUCAGCCAGCCGUUACUCCCCAGAACUCAACCCAGAGCUCUCUUAGCUACUCGCAGGAUACCUCGUCCUCUUCCCCUCAUGAACAGUCUACACACAAGCGACCCGCUCCGUCGUCUUCUGGUCGACGCUCUCUUGCAUCUGACCCGGUCAGUUCUCCUCCCGCCACCUCAUGGGGACCUGCUCAGAAGCGUCCUCGGAUGUCCACGUCUCCCCUUGGGUCAAACUACACCCCUUCUGCUACCAAUGCGACACCCGGAGGCUCUUGGUAUACUGAUGAUAGUCCUCAGUGGGAUCGAGACCAGAGCGUCGAGUCACCCAUUACGAGCCUUGCCAUGUUGCGACCCGCUCAUCCAGCCGGGCCGGUUCAGCUGAGACCUCGAGUUGUCACCACCCUCAGUUCUCCCGUCAUCGUAAGCCCCCCUCCUGUGGGUUACACUCCCCACAAAGAGUUUGUGCAAGCCUAUGGUUUGGUUGAUCUCGCGCCUGCCCAGGAGCAGCCUCACAGUGCCGCCAGAGACGCCCGGGGUCACUCUCCUCGCGACCAGUCUACUCAAAGUCGUUCUGACCAAGCUGACUCUCCUCAGGGGUACACUACUCAGGGCCACUCUGCCCAAGGUUACCGCACUCAGGGCCAGUCUACACAAGGUCACCAUACUCAAAGUUAUUCUACCGAGAGCCAUUCUGCUCAGGGUCAUUCUUCUCAGGACUAUUCUACUCAGGCCAACUCUACCCAGGGUCGUUCUGCUCACGAUCACACUGCUCGAGGUUCCUCUACUCACGGCUACACUACUCAAAUCUACCCCCACUCGGCGGCUCUCUUUGAGUGCCAGCCGGGCACAGCUGAGGAGUCGAUCGCCGCAAUGGCGAGAGUCCACAAAGCCCGACUAGCCUCCAAUGCCAGCCGCUCAGCCGCAGCAGCCGAAGAUGUGCAUUUCUCUCCCUUUAAGCAGCCUCGAAUUCUUCCAGGCAGCCAGAUGAGCCAGUUCAAUGGAACAAACAACACCGAAGAGGCUCCACAGGCCACGACUCCCGCGCCAGCUACACAGCCCAUCCCAGAACGCCCCAGCACUCCUGAGGCUCCAGACUCGGAGACGGAGGAUAACUGGUUUAGCAUGUUUGGUUGUCCCCCUCGUGCGACACCUCCCAGCCCCUCGCCGGCGCCCAGAGGCUCGUCCAACCCGGGGUCUAGCAACGUGAGCCGAGGCUCCCCCGUCCGUGCUGGGUGUAGCAAGCGACACGCUUCCAAGUGA